AUGGUUUACUAUUUUACAUCCAAUACGGUAUCACCUUCCGCUGAGAUUUAUGCUGGGAAAGACAAGGUCGAGAACGAGGAUUUGAUAAAAUAUGGCCUUGAAGAGGAUGUAUGGUUCCACGCAGACAAACUAUCCAGCGCACACAUUUACCUUCGCAUGAAAGAGGGCGAAAGCUGGGAGUCUAUUGAUGAGGGAGUCUUGACCGAUUGUGCACAGCUUACAAAGGCCAAUUCAAUUGAAGGCAAUAAGAAGGACAAUGUCACAAUUAUCUACACUCCAUGGUCAAAUUUGAAGAAAGAUGGCUCUAUGGCAGUUGGUCAAGUUGGCUUCAAGGAUCCUCGGAAGGUAAAGAGAAUCCUCGUUCCACAACGGGAGAACCCAAUCGUCAAUCGUCUCAACAAGACCAAAGUCGAGAAGUUCCCAGACUUGCAAAUGGAGAGAGAGGAGAAGCUGAAGGCUGUGAGGAAGAAAGAUCAAGCCGCCAGAUUAGAACGAAAGAAAGAAGAGGCCAGAGUAGCCGAGGAGAGAAAGCAGAAAAAGUGGCAGAAGGACCAUGCCUAUGAUGAGCUUUUCCAAGAACAGGAUUCGGAUGAGGCGAACAACCAGAAUCGUGAGGAAGGUUACUUGAGUGAUUUCAUGUAG